AUGCUGCUCGUACAAUCGCUCCCAAUCUUGGCUUUGGCCGCCACUGCGACUUGCAUGCCGCAAUUCGGCCUUCUCGCGGACCUCUUUCCGCGCGCUAAUCCAAAGAAUGAGCCUCCAGUCACAGACACAACCGUCGACGUGCUGCGCGUUGCGCUGGACGGUGCUUGCACUGGCAACCCUCGCGCAGUGAGGGAUGCGUGGGUCAAACAAAUCGACGAGGCAGACGUCCAAAAACAUCGCAUCACGCUGGACAAGCCCGUCGUGACGCAAACGCUUUAUUCGCUGCACUACGUCAGUUAUAUUUCCAAACUCAACAAGGACUUCGACUUUACCCGUGAGCAGGCCGACCACAUCUUCGAAAAGAUGACUGCGGUUGGCUACGACGAUCUCAACGCUGCACUGCUCGACAAGACGCGCCUCGAGAAAGCGCAUGCUCUCAAGCUCGACCGGCAGAUCCAUCACAGCGUUGGCAACUUGUAUCGCAAUUGGACCGCCUUUCUCGACGAGCAGUAUCCUGGAAUCGAGCCGACGUGGCCCAGCAAGAUUGUCUUUAAAGAGGUCGUCGAUCGCAUCAAAGCCAAGUUGCUUGAGAUUAUUCGCGCAUACAGGCCCUAA